GUGAUAGGCCAAGUGUCAUCUCUGUGUUUAUGCAAUUGACGCCUCAUAUUCCGGUCUCCAUUUACGCGGCUCUCCGAUCGACCUCCGACGCUUAAUGAUGGGCUCUGGUGCUGAGGCCAAAUUUCUCAAAAUGUGUUUCAUAAGCGGUCAUGAUGAAAUGCUUCUCAUUGAGGACUCGGGAUAUGCAAGAAUAUACUCUUUCGAGCAGGAACAAUUCAAGCCAGCAUUUUUGAAGUUGGAUUCCCCUCCGACAGAUGUCUGUUCCAGUCCAGAUGGCUCAUGCAUCUUUAUCUCGGUACCAACCGAUUCGGGCACAGUGCAGACUGUGGCGUACCACACAGCAUCUUUUGGGGGUAAUGGGUCCCAAGGCAUCUCACUGCAGCUUCCCCAUGCUUUUGUAUCGACUUCAACCACCAUCACCUCAUUUGUUACGCGGAAAAACGCCUACUUAAUGGCUAUAAAAGAGGAGACAAGACAGCUCAGUGGAAUUCGCUUAGAGAUCGCGAAUAAGGCCGGCGAGUUUACUUUCCGUGCUUGUGGAAAAGUCAAGACCGAUCGAAAAAGGGAAUCGCGUCACAAUUCACUAAUUGACUGUCAUGCUGGGGUUUGGACCAAGUUUCCUGUUGUAUCUGUAAUAAGCAGAAGUCCUUCAUUCAAGAUUCGUCACCCGCCUUCUAUCUCCUUCACGGCAGGAAGCAGCUCUAUCCCCAUUCACCUUUUACGAUCCUACUUUUCACAGAUGAUUCGCUCAUUCGAGGAUGGAACGCGAAAGCCAACGGAUAGUAAAUUGAUUGCCAUUGACGUUCGGCACACCCCAAGCCCGUCCCUGCGCAAGUCUAUUCCUUCGGCAAUCACCACAUACUUCACUGGAAAGUGGAUUGUCGAUCUUAUCUGCUUAAUACCGAUUCAUAUUGCUGUUGCCACUUCCAACCGUUUUACGCCACUCAAAGAUGGUAUCUCAUCUCCUGCAUUCGAGCAGCAAUUGCUUGGUGCCGAUAUAUCAGCCAUUGCGGACAGUAUAUCCAUUGGAUGGUACGAAAGUAUAUUUAGGACCUACAUGGCUUCGAAGCCCGUGAAAGUCGUCUCUUCUAUGGGCGAGCAAUCCGUAGGGAAGAGUUAUGCCCUAAAUCACUUUGUGGACACGUCAUUCGCUGGAUCGGCAAUGCGGUGCACCGAAGGCGUAUGGUUGUCCGCAACGCCAACCGAUACGAAUUUGAUUGUGAGCCUUGAUUUCGAAGCAAUACAUUCUAUUGAAAGGACCUCGCAAGAGGAUAUGCUACUGGUUUUAUUCAAUGUGGCGCUUUCUAAUUUGGUAUUGUUCCGGAAUAAUUUCGUGCUCUCACGAGAUGUUACUGAACUAUUCAUGAGCUUCCAAGCAUCAGCAGCGCAAUUUGAACCGUCCGAAAAUCCUGGACUUUUCCAGUCAACUCUGGCAAUUAUAAUUAAAGAUGUUGUUGCUUCUGAUACAGAAGAAAUUGUCCGAGAAUUCCAGCUUAAGUUCCAGAAAAUCGUUCAUGAAGAAAAGGAGAGGAACUUCAUAUCCAGAUUGCACUGUGGAGAACUUGUUAUCCUUCCAUGGCCCGUUAUACAAUCUCCAAAGUUCUACACUUCGAUGAAGAAUCUAAAAAAACUGCUUGAUGCCCAAGAUUCAUCUCAUGGGACCGCGUCCGUAUUUUUGGAACGGAUGAAGGUCCUGAUGGCGAAGUUGAGGGCGAGCGAUUGGGGAGCUCUUGAUAACGCUCUCGCCUCGCACCGCGCUCAGCUUCUUCAGAGUCUUUUGCCAAAUGCCCUAGCAUAUGGUAUCACGGAGCCUGUCCGACAGAAUCUAGAUACCGAUGAAGAAAUUCAGUCCGAAGCAACCAUUCAAAAUCAUUUUUACCUUGACUUCCUUAUGAAAGAUUCCGAGGUCAGAGAUGAACUCCUGGUCAAAUUGCGGCGACAGGGCACUGCUGCCAUCACAGCCAUGCGUCAACGCGUCCCGGAUUCAGAGUGGUUUAACUCGCUUGCAAAGGUUUUGCACUGGCAAGCGGAGGAGCGAAUAGAGUAUGUCAGGAGAUGGAUUAGCUCAAAUACAACCAGAUUCUCCGAACAAAUCGACAUUCAGCUGCUUUAUCGCCAUUUCAGUCAACUUUCACUGGAACUCUUUGCGGGUGUAGAUCUGUGUGGAGUCAACUGCAACAACUGCAACCUCAAAUGUAUCCUGUCCAAGCACCAUUUGAGCGAACACGAUUGCACCACUGACCAUCGCUGUGCUUUGAUGUGUGAUGAAUGUGGAUCCGGGACCCAGGAAAAACUUUGUGGCAUGAGAGCUGGUCAUGAUGGCAGUCAUAUAUGCGACGUGACUCAGCACGUGUGCAGUGAACCCUGUUAUCUGCAGGAUAGAAGGGGAUGCCAACAUGCCUGUACAAAACCCGUCGGACACCAAGAUGCCGUCCAUCUAUGCUCUACGCGCAUCCACUUCUGCGGUGAACCUUGUCGUCUCGGUUUGAUCGAGCAAGAUGGUUCACCGUUAUGCUCGAAACCCUGCGCAAUCGAUUGCCGCGAUGAACACGACUCCCACCAGUGUGAAAACAGGAUAACGUGUCCAGCUAAAUGCCGACUCUGUAGUCGUCUGUGUUCGGUGGAAUCACAUAUCCAUCCACUUCAGAACGGUGCAAUUCACCUCUGCGGGCAAGAACAUGAUUGCAAAGAGUAUUGCGGAUCACGGGGAAUAUGCAAAAUUGACUCUGCUCCCCGCUCUAUCGAGACCACAUUCGUCGGCCGCAACGAGACUUUUCAGUAUACGAAGCUCCCCUGCGCUGUCCGUAUCCCCAAGAACAGAUUGGGACAUGACGGAGUGCACAGUCAUACAGCGAAUGGAGUUGAGUUCCACUUCUGCGAGGCUCGUUGUCCCUUUUGCUCUUAUUUCUGUAAUCUUGCUAUAGAUCAUCGUGGGUCGCAUAGCACUACGCACGGUAACAUGGAACAAACCUGCUGGAGUUUUGAGGGAGACGAUUCUGCCGUUCGGGAGAUUGCUAGUAGGAAGUUCAGUACAGGCGACUCCGGUGCUCCGAUGUAUUGCAAUAUGUCCUGCAAAGAGUUGGGUCGGCACGCGCACAUUGACUUCUGCCGUGCCCAGGAAGAACCAAAGAGGGAUAAAGACUGGAUUACGCAUGCUUUGUGUUGGGCACGAACAGGUUUUCGAGAUCCUUACCCUCAAGAUCUCCAAGAUGAUUUCUCCAAGUGUGAUUCGGAAUGCAUUGGUGACGAACAUAAAGCCACCGGGAAUACCAGGCCACAACGUUCUUACUGUAUCCUUCCCAUGUUCCAUGAGCCAAAUACUCGGAGUACUACAGGGUACACCUCUCGGGACGGUCAUUCGUUCAACUGCAAAAACCCGGGGCUUUACCAGGCUACUUACCAUGUGUAUGGGAAACUCUUUCGCCGCAGUGCUGUCUUUACAGACUCACUCCAUCACGCAGGAUAUUCGUGUUGGACUCAUCGUCAUCCAUGUCCAAUGGGGAUCGACUUCCACUUGCUGGACAGGCAGCGACUAGCCGGAUCACCCGUCGCAACAACAAUAGAUAUGGUGCUGUACUCUCUGCUGUUUAUAGUUUCUGGACGGCUCGUGCAGGUGCCGUACCGGGAGUUGUAAGGCACGAUGCGUACUCAGUAAUCGUAUUUUCGUCAACCGCUACUGUAAGUCUUCCCGACUUCUUUCAUUAGGUUUUCAUGGAAGAUCCGUCUACAG